AUGCUCUAAGCAUUUGUAAUUUUUUAAGGAAAAAAUGAAAAGAAAAUAAAAAAAAAUAAAAAAAGAGGAUAUUUAGUCUCGGACAAGGCAGCUUCGAACAUGCAUGAUGUCUUCUAAGUUCUAACUACCUUCCUCUUGUAGUUUGGAAUCAGACAGAGAACACAAAAUCCUAACAAUUACCCCCAUUUGUAUCAUCAUUCCCUGCUUUUGCAGGCUUUCUAAUACGACUUCAGUUUGAAUAUUCAACGAUCAGUCUUUUGCGCACAUUUUCAUCUUCGUCGACCAGUUUUGAUUAGAUCUAUCGUCAUCUUGGACUGUAAUCACAGGCUGCAACUUCCAAUUUCAUUGCGAUGCAGUCGAAGACCGCAACGGUGGCCCCUGCUUUAACCCUCUUUCCAACCCUUAGACCCCCUCACCGAAAUCUGAUUUUCCACCAAGUUGCGGUCUUGAUUCUCACUUUCUUCGCGUAUGCUUCCUUCCACGCAUCCCGGAAACCCCCUAGCAUUGUCAAGAGCGUUCUCGGUCCCAAAAUUCAGUCGAAUUCCUCGGAAAUUGUUACCGAUUCAGUGUCAGUCGGAUCCAAUUCGACCUCCAUCGAUACUGGGUGGGCGCCAUUUAACGGCCCCGGGGGAACGCAACGGCUCGGCGAGCUCGAUCUGGCGUUCCUGUCGUCGUAUUCCAUAGGAAUGUUUUUUGCAGGUCAUGUCGGUGACCGGAUCGAUUUAAGGUUGUUUCUUGUGUUUGGGAUGAUGGGUAGUGGUGCUUUUACAAUAAUUUUUGGUUUAGGGUAUUGGUUUAAUGUGCAUCUGUUAUGGUUUUUCGUUUUUGUGCAAAUUGUUUGUGGUUUGUUUCAGUCAAUUGGGUGGCCUUGUGUUGUAGCAGUUGUGGGAAAUUGGUUUGGGAAAGGAAAGAGAGGAUUGAUAAUGGGUGUGUGGACCUCACAUACCUCAGUAGGUAACAUUAUUGGUUCAGUUGUGGCCUCAUCAGUCUUGGAGUUUGGAUGGGGUUGGUCCUUUGUGAUGCCUGGGCUUCUGGUGAUAAUGGUGGGGGUUUUAGUGUUUUUGUUUCUUGUUGUGAGUCCUGAUGAUAUUGGAUAUGAGAAUUUAGAGAAGGAGAUUGAGAUGAAUGUGGAAGUAGAUGGGAUGGGGAAUUUAUUGAAAGGGGUUUCUGAGGAAGCUGGGCUUCUUGGUGCUGAAAAUUCGGAUUCUGCUGAGCUUGUUGAAAGUAAGGAACCGGAUUCUUUGGUUGCCAUUGGGUUCUUGGAGGCAUGGAUGUUGCCGGGUGUCGCACCAUUUGCGUUCUGCCUCUUUUUCUCUAAGCUGGUGGCUUACACUUUUCUGUACUGGUUACCCUUCUACAUAAGGCACACAGCUGUUGCGGGUGUGCAUUUGUCACACAAAACAGCAGGUAUCCUUUCAACAAUAUUUGACAUUGGAGGAGUUUUUGGUGGAAUCAUAGCAGGAUAUGUUUCAGAUGUUAUCGAAGCUCGAGGACUAACAUCAGUCGUAUUCUUGUUACUAUCAAUACCAGCCCUUAUUUUGUACCGGAUAUAUGGCAGUCUCUCAAUGAUAACCAACAUUGGAUUGAUGUUCCUCUCUGGGUUGCUUGUGAAUGGUCCCUAUUCACUCAUUACCACAGCUGUCGCCGCUGAUCUUGGUACGCAGGACUUGAUUAAAGGCAAUUCCCGUGCAUUAGCCACUGUGACUGCAAUUAUAGAUGGUACAGGCUCCAUUGGGGCGGCUGUCGGCCCACUUCUGGCUGGGUAUAUUUCAACAAGGGGAUGGAAUAGUGUUUUCUUUAUGCUCAUUGUUUCUAUUUCCUUUGCAAGUUUGUUCUUGAUUCGUAUUGCGAGAACCGAGAUUAAAGGGAAGCUAAAUGGAUGGUCUUGAGAGAAUUUUUGUACCCCUUCUCUGUCACCAUAUAUGUAUGCCAAUUGGUAUCUCAUUUUUGUUCACAGAGAAUUUUCAAUAUGUAUUCAUGUACAGGAAUUCAUUUGACAUAAAACCAAUACUUAGAAUGCAGAAUA